AUGAACCACACCGCGGUCGAGAACAACAUCACUCAAUACGAGCACGAGAUGGAAUACGCCCACGAACAGGAGCUUACCGUGCCCGUUGUGUUGGGAGAAACCAACAGUGAUUCGGCCAACUUGAACAUGUCCCAGGUCGAGGAGGUUUUAGGUUCUGCUCUUUGGUUGAUUGAUCAUUUGAUGAUGGGAAUGACAAUGAACAUUACCCGUUACAACCUCAUCCAAGGCACCAUGUUUGGUUACGCGGCUUGGGGGCAAAUCUUUGUCGCGGACGCCCUCGGCCAUCAUCCCAAUGUCCAGAUCAAAGCCGCCGUCGACAAGUCCUUCCCUUGGAAUAUGUCGGCCUACACGAUCUACGAGGGUGGUCGACUCGCCAAGUAUGCCGCCAUCAAUUUUGACGAGUGGAACAAGACGAGCAACUUCUCCCGACCCAGUCAGGAGGUCGUGUUGAGUGUUUCCAACGGCGAGACGAGGGUUCGCGUCGACCGCCUGACGGGCGACGGUGCGAGCGCGGACGAUGAGGAGAGACGAAGGCCCAACUUCCUCGUCAUCGUGGCCGAUGACUUGGGCUUCAGUGACUGUAGUUGCUUCGGUUCGGAGAUUCAGACGCCCAACGUCGAUGCUCUUGCCGCCGAGGCCACAGGGCUGAGGUUCACAUCCUUUCACGUCGCCGCGGCAUGUUCGCCCACGAGGUCGAUGUUGAUGACGGGAACAGAUCACCACAUCGCCGGCUUGGGUCAACUGGCCGAAUUCACUCGAAGUUCCGCGGCGCAUCGAGGUCAGCCGGGACAUGAAGGUUAUCUCAACGAGAAGGUGGUGGCGAUGCCCGAGUUGCUCCAGGAAGGGGGUUACCACACGAUCAUGGCAGGGAAAUGGCACUUGGGCCUGAAGAAGGAGCACCACCCACAAAAACGAGGCUUCACAAAGUCAUUCGCUUUGCUUCCAGGUUGCGCAAAUCACUAUGCAUGGGAGCCACCUGACUAUGACCCAGUCGCUGAACCGGAGAAGUUCUUUGAAACGGCGACGCGGGCGUUGCACGUGGAAGAUGAUCAACUCGUCGACAAGCUCCCCGAGGACUGGUACUCGUCCGACGGGUACGCCGACAAGCUCAUGUCUUACCUGUCGGAGAGGACCGAGGAGGAAAAUUCGAAACCGUUCUUCGCCUACUUACCCUUUUCCGCACCACAUUGGCCAUUGCAGGCUCCCGACGAGAACGUGAAGAAGUACCGAGGAUUCUACAACGACGGCCCUUACGCUCUGCGCGAGGCCAGACUGAAAAGGCUGAUCGAGCUGGGCCUGGUCCAGUCCGACGUGACGCCGCAUCCGAUUGUCAACACGGCAGCGGACGACAUUCACUGGGAUAGAUUGGGCGAGGAGAGCCGCGUCAAGUCGUCCUGCGCCAUGGAGGUGUACGCGGGCAUGGUCGACCGGAUGGACUGGAAUAUCGGUAGGGUGAUUGACUACCUCAAACGGACCGGAGAGUACGACGACACUCUGGUGUUGUUCAUGUCGGACAACGGCGCCGAGGGAGCCUCGUACGAAGCUUUGCCUCUGGUGGGGGACAACAUCGUCAAUCACAUCCACAAGUACUACAACAACAGCCUGGACAAUAUCGGGAGGGGCGACUCGUUCGUCUGGUACGGCUCUCAAUGGGCGCAGGCCGCCACAGCUCCCUCUCGGCUGUUCAAGAUGCAUUCGACCGAGGGCGGGUGUCGAGUUCCUCUGAUUGUCAAACUUCCCGAUUCGAUUUGCUCCCCUCAAGAUCUGGGAGUCGUCAAACCUCAACCGGGUGGCAAGACGACCGACGCCUUUUGCACCGUCAUGGAUCUCGUGCCGACCUUCCUGUCCAUGGCGGGCCUCAGACAUCCAGGGCCGGUGUACAAGGGUCGCAAGAUCGCAACCCUCCGAGGGCACAGCUGGGUGCCCUUUCUGAAAGCCGCCUUGUUGCCGGGGACAGAGUUGACGAACGGGUUCGCCACUCAGAUACACGCUCCGGAUUACGCCGUCGGGUUUGAAAUCGCGGGAUCAGGUGCCCUCCGACAGGGUGACUGGAAGAUCACCUUCAUGCCCGCCCCGCGAGGGCCACAGGAAUUGGAAUUGUUCAACGUCAAGCUCGACCCGGGAGAGACGGACGACCUGCGAGAAGCAGAACCCGAAAAGUUCAAGGAACUCCUGGCGUUGUGGGAAGACUACAAGCAGGAGGUCGGCGUCGUGGGCCUGGCGGGAGAGUACAAGGCCGUGGUGCAGGGGAAAUAUUCCGGGGUUGGUGCGGUGGACGAGUUUUCCGACCCUUACGCCUGGAUCAAGUACAUUGGACGACCGGAGAGGACGCCGGAGAGGCUGAAACCCGUGGUACCGACAUGA